AUGUUGAUUGAGUCUUCGGAAGAAGAAGGAGGAUAUACUGAUAAGGAAUUGUCGGAUGAGAUGAUGGUCUUGAUGUUAGGGGGCACAGAUACUUCAGCUAAUGCUGCAGCUUUUACCUUAAUCAUGUUGUCCAGAUACCCUGCAAUUCAGCAAAAAGUCUUUGAAGAGCUGAAAAAAGUAUUUGACGAUGAUUCCAAAAGGCCAAUAGUGCCAGAAGACUUGCUACAAUUGAAGUACUUGGACAUAGUUCUUAAAGAAACAUUGAGACUUUUCCCCCCAGCUCCUCUACUAAUGAGAAAAGUAACUGAAGAUAUCACAUUACCAUCAGGAGUGACUGUGCCCAAGGGCUGUAGCAUUUUGACCAACAUCUGGGCAGUGCAUCGCAACCCUACCUACUGGGGCGAGGAUGUGGAGCAGUUCCGACCAGAACGGUUCCUGGAUACACCGUUUAAGCACCCAGCUCAGUUCAUGCCAUUCAGCUUCGGACCAAGGAAUUGUCCAGGAUACACGUAUGCGAUGAUGUCGAUGAAGACGUUUCUAGCGAUGACCCUGAGGGAGUUCCGCGUGCUACCAGCCACGCCACCAGAUGAAUUCAACCAGUACCCACCACUUCGACUCACCUUUGAGCUUCUGCUGAAGGACGCCGAUGACUUCAAGAUUUGCCUGGAGCCUCGACACUGA